AUGGCCUCGCCGCAGCGCAAACAUAAGGUGACCGUGAUCGGCUCCGGCAAUUGGGGCACCACGGUCGCCAAGCUAGUCGCCGAGAACACAAGGGAGCACCCGGACCUCUUCGAGGAGGAGGUGCAGAUGUGGGUGUAUGAGGAGGAGGUUGUCAUUCCGUCCAGCUCGCCGCACUUCGACCCUGAGAUUGGCGAGAAGCCCCAAAAGCUCACAUCCAUCAUCAACACGCACCACGAGAACGUCAAGUACCUGCCCAAGAUCAAGUUGCCCACCAAUAUCGUGGCGAACCCUUCUCUAGUCGACGCCGUCAAGGAUUCCAACAUUCUCAUCUUCAACCUGCCCCAUGAGUUUAUCGGCAAUAUUUGCAAGCAGAUCAAGGGCAAGAUUCUGCCCUAUGCCCGUGGUAUCAGCUGCAUCAAGGGCGUUACGGUGACAGAUGAUAAGAUUGAACUGAUAUGCGAGUUCAUUGGCGAGCAGCUGGAGAUCUACUGCGGCGCCCUGAGCGGCGCCAACAUCGCCAGCGAGAUUGCCAACGAGAUGUGGUGCGAGACGACAAUCGCCUACAACACCCCUCCGUGCGAUAAGCGUGCUGUCAACGGCACCAACGGCACAGCCAACGGCGAGCCUGUCGAGGAGCACCUUGACUCUCGCGGCCAGAUCAUCCGGACAAAGCUGACCCCGCUACCGCACGUAUACCCUCCGCUGGAUCAUGCUGAGAUCUCGGCGCUGUUCAGCCGGCCCUAUUUCACCGUGUCGAUGGUGUCGGAUGUCGUGGGCGUGUCACUGGGUGGUGCGCUCAAGAACAUCGUUGCCAUCGCCUGCGGCUUCGUCGAGGGUCAUGGCUGGAACAUGACCGCCAAGACAGCUGUCAUGCGUCGUGGUAUGCUUGAGAUCAUCCAGUUCGCACGCGAGUUCUACCCACAGACCAUCCAGGAGAAGACCUUCUGGGAGGAGAGCGCCGGCUGGGGUGACAUGAUCGUCAGCUGCACGUCGGCCCGCAAUUGGCGGUACUCCAAGAUGGCUGUUGAGCGUGGUGUGCCCAUUGAAGAGAUCGAGCGCACCGAGCUCAACGGCCAGAAACUGCAGGGCAUUUCCACUUCGCGGGAGGUCAGCAGUUUCUUGAGGGCCCGUGGAGCGGAGGACCGGUACCCGCUUUUCAAGAUGGUCUCGGGUAUCAUCGAUGGGAAGGUUAAGGUGGAGGAUAUUCCGUCUCUGUUCAGGAAGUAA